AUGCCCAGCGUCACUGCUACAGGUGACUUUGGUCCAGCACCGCCUGGGGUAGAUCUGACCAAGAAUCAGACAGGCAACUUGUUGGGAGCAGUUAUUCCUGUAGCGGUGCUCGGGACCACUGCAGUUAUAUUGCGACUAGUGGCGCCAAUGAAGACCAGAGAGGCGAGAAAAUUCGCCGUCGAUGACUACCUAAUCAUUGCAGCGCUUUUAUUCUCUUGGGGCACAGCAAUAUCCUGCUUUAUAAGCAUUCCAUAUGGAAAUGGAUAUCAUUUGCAAUCAUUGACCAAAGGAGAGUUUAUCACUGUUUGGAAAAUACUUUUUGCCUAUGUUAUGAUUUACGCCACAGCUGUCACCUUUACCAAAUCCUCGAUCGUCUUCUUUUACGGCCGCAUCUUCAACUUUCGCUGGUCAUUAGGCAUCUGCAUGUUCUUGGUUAUUGGGUACUGGGUCACCAUUAUCGUCACAGUUGCAGUGGCCUGUCGACCACUGCCAUACUUCUGGCUCGCCUAUACUGAUCCAACAGCCACUGGUGUAUGCAUUGAUGUGCCCAAAUUCUUUUUCGGCAAUGGAAUUGGUGCUAUGCUGAUUGAUGUGAUAAUACUGUGUAUGCCGAUGCCAACAAUUUACAAGUUGCAGAUGCAAUCGUCGCAGAAGGUAGCAGUCAUGGGCAUCUUGCUCUUAGGAAGUUUUGUUUGCGUGGCAAGUAUUUGCCGGAUCAUCGCACUUCAGAAAAACACCCACGGAACAGAUGCUACGUGGACCAUGGCACCUGUCUUUAUCUGGUCAUGCGUGGAGCCUUUUGUUGGGAUCAUCUGCGCGUGUCUUCCAACAUUUGGACCUUUCUUUCGUCGGUGGUGGUCCAAAGCUCGGACAGGGCGCUCAUCAAACAGUCGCAGCACCGAUCCAAGCGCUGAACAUUCAUCUGCUACAAGGUCUUGGCCCCGGAAACCCCGAGCAAAAAAGCCACCCAAGGACUCAUUAUUCAGUACCAAUGACUUUGGCUGUGUAGAUGACGUGGAAUUAAUGAACGAUAUAAAUGCAACUCGGUCGCUGACGGACGAGGGUGUGAGUGAUCACCAUGAUAUGGAGCGAGGAGACUCUAGUUGUGCUAUCACAGUUCAACAAGAUGUGGAUGUGACAUGGGACAAGUAUAAAACAGGCAAAAAAUGA